GUGACUGCUGUCAUGUCCUCCUGCCUUUAACAGACUCAAUGACCUCUGAUCCUCUUUGUUCCUUCUCUUUCCACUUUCCUGUCAUCUCUUCACAUUUGAACCUCUCUCAUUUGUUCAAACCAAUCAGAUGAACAUAAAGUGAAAGUAGGAGCUUCAGGAGGGACCGAGUUUGUGUUUGUAUUCUCUCGUGAGUUACCUGAGCUCUCCUCGACAGUUUGGAUCUCACUGAGAGAAGGUACAGGUCCCAGGUGAUGGAGAAGUCCUGUGAAGGUCCAGAGGAGGACAGAGUGUCCCUAAGGAGCAACGGGAAGAUGUCCCCCAAUGGAUCAGUGAGGGAGACUCAAGGUUUGCUGAAAACGAUCAGAAGGAGCUUCAAGAAAGGUCCAGAAAGGAGUCCUGCCUCACCCAGAAGCAAAGGGUUAAAGGUCACUGACAAAGAGAACGCAGCAGGAGAGGAGUCAGAGUCUGCGUCCUUUCUAUCACCUCCUUCACCCAGUUCCAGUACCGGAUCACCGGCCUCCUCGCCCCUGAAGACCAUCGGGGGAUUUUUCCACAAGAAGGAGGAAGAUCAGCCUGAUGUGGCCUCACACAAACAAAAACCUCUGGCUCGCUCAAAGACAGAUCCCAACAUGUCCAGGUUUGGUGACUCCUUCAUGAAAAAAGGAACAACGUUUCGUCGAAGCCUGAGGUUCGGUUCCAAAAAGGAGAUUGAGAAAACCAGCAAGCCGGAGAUUCAUUUAACCACCACUGAAGGAUUUGAAGAGAAGAUGGAGGUGGAGGUAGAGGAGGUGAAAGAGGAAUUAGAGGAGAUGGAGGAGCUGUACAAACUACCAGACAUCCCCCACACCCCACUGUCAGUGAUGCAGAUCAACAAGCUGAUAGAGAUGGAGGUUCUGGAGGAGGCACACCUGAACCUCCUCGCCCUGAGGCUGGAGUUCCAGAAGGAGCAGGAGAAGUUCGAUCAGGACUGUCCCACGGAGCUCUCAAAGAAAGAGAAAGACCUGAACCUGCUCUACGUGGAACUACGGACCAAGAUCAGAACCAUCGUCCGAGACUCGAACUCUCUGCCCGCCAGGAACGUACCUCUGCUGGUCUUCGUAGCUCGGAUCAUCCAGGAAGAGGAAAAGAGGGCUGCAGAACCUGGAGGACUUCCUGACAGUUGGAUGGAGGCCUGGAGGGAGGCAGUGUGUGAGGGGGUGCAGGUGAAGGUGAACAGUGUUCACCUGGAGCACAGGGAGGAGAACCUCUCUUGGUUGGCCGUCCACCUGGGUCUGCUGGGGAAGACCAUCGUGGAGGAUUUGGAGAAUGUGACAAGGGAACUGCGGUGGUCCUACCCCCCCAGCUUCAGGGUCUUCAGCUCGUAUGUGAGGAGCUACCACCGUGUUGUCAGGCAGCACCUGAAGAAGCUGGAGCCACAGGUGACGGAGCUGAAGGAUCUGUACGCCCUGCUGGACUGGAUCCUCAACAAAUACAGCAGUGAGAAGAUCAUGAGGAGUUUGUCCCUGCAGCCAGACAUGACAGAAGAAAAUGCUGAUCUACAGCUGGAGGAAACCUUCGUCCAACUGCUGAAGGACAAAUACUGCUGCAAAGUGAAGGAGGACAUGAGGACAACACUGGACAGAAUCAUUGGACUGGAAAAUGAGACCUUUUGGAUAGACAGGAAAGAGCCAGAGAAGGAGGACAUGUUCCUCAUCUCUCCAUUUCCCAUGGACAUCUGGACGAAAGUAAAAGGAACCGUUCAGAACUCCAGAAAACUGGAAGCUGAAGUGGAGCUGAAAGUGAUCGCUUCCUGCGUCGAGGAGCUGAAGAACUUUCCCAAGAGGUUUGAAACAGAGUUCAGGUCUCACUGCAGCGCUCUCCAACCACAUCCUCUCUGGACUCAGUAUCAGAUCACCUACAUCAACAGCUUUGCUGCUUUGCAGCAACACAUGAACGGGUACAGAGACAGCUGUCCCAAGGAGCUGGAGGGAUUCAGACGGGAGGUGAUGUGGCUGAUUGUUCGGCUGAUGCAGUGCCUGGAGGACCAGUUCAAGGAGGAGGUUAAGUCGUACCUGAGGAGGAUGAUGUCGAGGAAGUGGCUCACCAACGAUGAAGACUUUAAUCACCUCUGCAGCCGAACGCGGCUGUUGUCCCAGCACUGCAACCUGAUGAGGCCUCCUCAGGCUCAGGAGUUUGCGAGCCAGCUGCAUUACCACGUGGCGAAGGAGUACCUCGGCCAGCUGAUGAGGAGCAACUACUCCUGCAGGAACCGAAAACACGAGAAGGCAGCGGCCAAGAUCCGCCAGCAGUGGAGCGCUCUCAGGGAUCUGUUUGAGGAGAUGAAAUCCUCUCAUGAGUGGCUCCACCAUGCAGGAGACGACCUGAGCAACAUCAUUGGACAAAGAAACAAGACGGACAUCAAGAACAACCUGCAGCGUCUCGUCCAGCAUUAUCCAGACUUUAGCAGGAAGCACCUGGUUGCUCUUCUGUACUUCAGGGGUCUACAGCGAGGCCGCGAGUACCAGCUGAUCCUCCAGAGACUCACAGCCCUGAAGAAAGAAACGGGCAGCGCCGGCAGCGACCGAAGCCGAGUUUUGUUUGGGGACAUGCAGGUCACCAUCAACACGGACUGUCUGUCCAGCCUGCCGUCCUCCUGCCUCGGCUUCCUGCGGAGGGACAGCUGAGGACACCUCAUUUUAAUUUUGUACAAACUUGAACCUCCAGUGGUUUUACUUCCAGCACUUUAUGGUUCCAGCUGUUGAAUGUUUUCUGGGAGUCGGUUCAACUGUUGGAGAGAGGGGAGACUUUAUGAAGAU